AUGGCUAGAGGACCAAAGAAGCACCUUAAGAGACUAGCAGCUCCAAACCACUGGUUGUUGGACAAGCUGACCGGCUGUUACGCCCCAAGACCUUCUGCCGGUCCACACAAGUUGCGUGAAUCUCUACCUUUGAUCGUCUUCCUAAGAAACAGAUUAAAGUAUGCCUUGAACGGUCGUGAAGUCAAGGCCAUCCUGAUGGAAAGACACGUCAAAGUGGACGGUAAAGUCAGAACUGACACCACCUACCCAGCUGGGUUCAUGGAUGUCAUCACUCUAGAAGCCACCAACGAGAACUUCAGAUUGGUCUACGACGUCAAGGGUAGAUUUGCCGUCCACAGAAUCACCGACGAGGAGGCUUCUUACAAGCUAGGUAAGGUCAAGAAGGUCCAACUAGGUAAGAGAGGUGUUCCAUACGUUGUUACCCACGACGGUAGAACCAUCAGAUACCCAGACCCAAACAUCAAGAUUAACGACACCGUUAAGAUUGACUUGGCCUCUGGUAAGAUCGUCGACUACAUCAAGUUCGACACCGGUAAGCUAGUUUACGUCACCGGUGGUCGUAACUUGGGUCGUAUCGGUACCAUCAUUCACAAGGAAAGACACGACGGUGGUUUCGACUUGGUCCACAUCAAGGACUCUCUAGACAACACCUUCGUCACCAGAUUGAACAACGUUUUCAUCAUCGGUGAAACCGGUAAGCCAUACAUCUCCUUGCCAAAGGGUAAGGGUAUCAAGUUGACCAUUGCUGAAGAACGUGACAGAAGAAGAGCUCAACAAGGUUUGUAA